AUGCUGUUCGGCUACACCUCCCACCCGUCCUCCUCGCAGCCUUCUCCUCGCAACCGACGAGAUCGCCCACUCCCUUUUGUGACGAUGCCACCGGUGUCGUCGUUCCACUCGCAGUACGACCAGGCCAGUCGACCGCAUAGUCCGUCCUACUAUCGCUCCACCGUCGUCGAGGUGCAGUCGACCCUCUACGGGGGCAAGGACAGGUCUCGCGACGACAUCACUGCCUUUGUAAGGGAGUGCUACGACGCUAAUGCGGGUGAGCGCUUAUGGUGAUUGGUGGAGCAUAGGCGAGGCCUCGAGACUGACGGCGACGACGGCGUAACCCUACCAGUUUUUGAGAACCCGCUCACGCUCGCGACCGGGCAUUCGGCCAUUGCCGAAAUGUUCGGUACGUACUGCGUUGCAUCGUGCACCUGCACUACCAUAAUCAACCGCUGAACCUUCCUACUCGACGCAGGUCUACUCCACGUCAUUCCUGGGUCGAUGGUCUCUGAAAUGGGCGACAUUGCAGAGUCGCAUGGAUAUGGUAAGCGUUUGCAGCGCAAACGAGACCGAGCUCGGCAAUCGCGUGGUGACGCUCUUGAGCUGACGCACGGGGGCACAACGCUUAUGUUCUAUCGCAGAUGGGAAUCGUCUCGUCGUGAUGGAGCAUGUUCUCCACGUGCAAUUCCUGCCCUUCCUCGAUCCUAAUCAUGCCCACCUCGUCCACUCGCCUUCCUCGGCGACUCUCCAGCGCUCCCACUCGUUCUUCUCCCUCCCGACGACGCCCCAUCCCCAGUCGACGCCCGAUUCGGCCGGAGGUAUCUUUAGCAAGACAAGAUCGGCAGGAGACGGCAACGUAUCCCCGAUCGGCCAAAUCUUGAGUUCGCUCUCGCCACGCAACCUCGCCGUGACCUUGACGACUUUGCAUCUGCGCCUGCAUACGCGCUUACUUUUUAACGAGCACGGCAAAAUCAUCCGCCACGAGGACACGUGGGGAAUUAAGGAGAUGGUUGAAGGCAUAUUCCCCAUCGUUGGUCAUGUCUACGAACUGCAGAGGCGAGGGCUUGGAGCCCUUGCCGGCGUCGCCGCUCGAACGUUAGCCGGAUUGUCUCGCGCCCCCCAAGCAUCGACCUCAUCUUCCUCUGGACGCCACGGGCGACGGAGCCUCGACGAUGAGGCAUCAACGGGGCGGGCGGGCAUGAUCACGCCCGAAUCAUGCCCGCUCGAUGACGAGGGCGCUGGUGGUUUCUCGUCCUUUUACGCACCGGGUUCGCCCGUGCCAACGCGCAAAUCGAGCAUCUCCUCGGGGGCACCCACAACCAACCUUCCUGCUCUGCACCAUUACUCGAAGCGGAUCGCGACAGCGACGGCGCACGGUCUUGGACUACACCACCCACGCCAUCAUGGAGACGAAAGCGAUGGCGGUGAUGAGUACGAGCCGAUGGGCUCAAAGUCAUUGCCGUCGACGAGACGAUGGGAACCGGUCAGCCCGCAGCGACCGACGACGAUCGACUCGGACUGA